UGAUGUCAUGUACUUACUCGGGCACGUCAGUUCAUCUUCUUGUUGCUCACGUCCACCGGACGCCUCUCGAAUAAUAAGCGGAGCCCUGAUUGCCGUAAGGCAUAAUAUUUCUUAGGAUAUCUGGGCUUGAAGUUAGUUCGGGAUGGUCCUCCUAUGGGAUUGCAGAACGUGAAGAAGAAAGACAUGAAAUUCUGGAUUGUGUACGUAGUGUUAGUGAUAUCUUUAGCUGCAUGCGGCGAAGUUUCGGGGCAGGAGCCGGGCGGAGAAGGCACUGGCACUGCCUUACCAUUCACAUCCUCUCCUAGUGCCUUGCCAACAGACCCUGGCUCCAACCCAGUGAUAACCGGAAAUGGCUCAUCAGUCUCAACUGCCCCUGCUGUUGUUUCCAGUCCCGUUUCGGGGUCGGGACUAUCACCGACGACUGGGGGAUCUACAUCAACCCCUGGACCUACAUCAACCCCUGGAUCUGUGUCCUCUGUUGCUAGUAGUGCCAUGGCUAUGACAUCCACAGUAUUGGCGAGUAGCACCCAGUCUAGUGCAGCAGCUACCUCCAGUGUGGCCAAUACCACUGCCUCUGCUGUGGCUACAAGUGCUGGGAUAGCUACAGAGACCUCAGCUAUUUCUGACACGUCAACUGUAUCCAGUACAACCAUACACACAUCAUCGUCAUCAUCAUUAUCAGCAUCAUCAACAGCGGUUAGUCAUACAAGUCUGCCUGCAACAACUAGCAACACUGUGAGUACGAGUAGCUCGGUCGGGACGAGCGCGACGUCAACACCACGUCCUGUAGACAUAUCAUCUAGCCCAGUACCGACUUCACCUAUUACUACUACAGGUGAACCAACACAGACUAGACAGACAACAGCGGCAGUACCAGCAACAUCCCCCACUCAAUCACCUCCUGUUGUCACUACUACAGCAAUCCCAGUCACACAAACUACACCACCAGUGUCACGGUCAGUAACGCAAGCUGCCACUUCGAUGGCCUCGGUACAUUCUAGCAGUUCAGCAGUCCAACCUACGUCAGCAACGAGUUCCGGAAAUGGAUCUCAUACGGGAACAACAGUACUUCUAGCUAACACAACCUCACCACCACACCAUGAGCCGGAAGCUGUGGAAGUUGGACUACCUGUAGGACUCAGCAUUGCCGGUAUCUUUGUUGUAGCAUGCGUGGUGAUCUUUGUGGUACGAGCCAGAAGGCGUCGUUUACUGCGAAUGCAGCUACUACCACUGUAUGCAUUUGAACCGGAGGACAGUGAUGACAACCUGCUGCGGAAUACCAUGGAUGAUGAAGAACACGGGGAACGAGACGCAUCUCUUGACACCAAUGGUGGUGCUGGCGAGCACUACCUUCCCAAGCUUCGGUUCCAGUAACGAUACACACACACCCUGCAAUACACGUACUUGAAGUACAUGUAGUUGUACUUGCCAACAGGAGGGAAAUGGAGGUCUCCUAGCACCACAGGAAACACAAGAGGCUUCUACUAAUGAAGCUAGCAGAAUUGCAUUAUUUCAGGCGACAGCGACAAGAUAAGCUUCUGCGUACAAAGCACUAGUAAAAACAAUAUUUGUGUGACAUUCUGUUGUUGACCGCCGUAUACUCUGCUGCUGUUUUUUUUUGCUUUUGCUUUUUCCAUUAACUUAUACCAUCAUAAUAUUCAUGCCGAUUUUAUGCUGAGUUAUCAUAGAACACACCAUUUUUGAUUUUCCCCGUGUACCAAACUACCAUGGUUCUGUUGUGUUGACUCUUUGUUGAUGGAAUAUAUGUGCUGCGACAUGCAAUGAAUACCGUAUGCACGUGUGCUUUUUUUGUUUAGGAUACCUGUGUGCGUAUUGGCUACAGAACUGUAGAACAUAUUUCUAGUUUGUAUUUCUAAAAAGCAUGAACAAGAUUCAUGUUCAUAUUUCCUUUCUUGGCCAGCUCACACUAUAGCGCAGUAGUGUUUCUCUUGCUCUGCUGCAUAAUUAAAAAGCACAAAGUCUUGUAGAUGCCAUUUUGCUAGAGCACCUAUUUCUCGUUAUUCUUAUUUGUCUUAUUUGUCGGUUUUGAAAGCAUUAUCAAGAUUAUUAUGGGAGACACACCCAUGAUCCAAAUCA